CCCUUUCGUUGCUUCCACGCCAAGUUUUAGCAAUGGCUGGCCAUAAACGGACUGCGGGCGGGGACAUGGCGAGUGCGACGACGGAAUCCGAGGUCCCUGGCAUGCCCCAGAAGAAGUUCUAUCGCAGCCGCGCGCAUUGCAACCCGUUGUCACACAAUGACUUGUUCGAGUACCCAUUGAACCCGACCGAGAUGGAUUGGAGCGCUCACUACCCCAAGCUCGACAACCCGAAGGUCAACUUCUUGGACAUUGGGUGUGGGUUUGGCGGCUUGACAAUCGCGCUCGCCAACUUGUUCCCGAACAAGACGACGCUCGCGAUGGAGAUCCGACCGAAGGUCACCGAGUACGUUCGAUUGCGCAUUGAGGCGCUCCGUCAAGAGCACGCGUCGUCGAACCAAUUUCAAAACGUGUCGGUGCUGCGCACGAACGCGAUGCGGUACUUGCCGCACUACUUUGAGAAAGGUCAAAUCGAAAAGAUGUUUUUCUGCUUUCCGGACCCCCAAUUCAAACAGCGCAACCAUCGCCGCCGCAUCGUCAACACGCACUUGCUGACCGAAUAUGCCUACUUCAUCCCUGAAGGCGGCAUCUUGUACACAAUCACCGAUGUCGAGGACCUGCACAACUGGCACGUCGCCAAGUGCGACAGUCACCCAUGCUUCGAACGCAUCACGGACGACGCUGUGCUGAAAGCGGAUCCAUGUGUUCAAGCCAUGACGGAAGAGACGGAAGAAGGCAAGAAGGUUGCUCGCAGCGGCGGCAACAAGUACGUUGCCGUCUACCGCCGAGUGUCCGAUGCCGUUGCCACGGCCGCAGCGACAUCGUUCUUUUAAUUGCAUAACAAACGCAGAGUCAGUGGACCUGGCAGGCAAGGGAUCGUGCGGACGCGCGCACAUCGCGGGUCGCCGCGUGUGUGCAUUCUGUCGUUCUUUUGCACAUUGUAUAGCAAUGUACUAGCUGCAGACCUUACACGGGGGUCCCUUUCUG